UUAAACCUCAGUUUAUGAUACUUCAAAUGAUUCUCGCUUGAAACAUAAAUUUCUUAAUUAUACUUAUUAACAGUCUAGAGACCUUAUUUCUUGUUUUAGCCAGUUUCUGAAAUAAUUUAAUAAAGAACCCCCCCCCUACACUGAUGGUAUGCUCCAACAUACAACGUCACAUGAUUCACUUGUGUUGAACUGUGCUUCAGACAAAAACAAGUCGAUUUAGUUGUUUUCUCAGCCAAUUUUUGUCCUUUGGAAACUGUCACAAUGAUGACUGGAGGUGCUGGCCCGCCAACUGAUGCCGACGAGGAAAUUCAGAAGAUCUGUGAAAGCAUGAAACCUCACGCAGAGAAACGAGCAGGAAAGUCCUACGAUGUCUUCACCGCCAAGACCUACAGGAGGCAGAUGGUGGCCGGGACCAACUACUUCAUAAAGGUGCAUGUGGGAGGAGACGAUCAUGUUCACCUCCGUGUUUACAAAAAACUCCCCUGUAACGGAGGAGACCUGGAGCUGAGUGAUAUGCAGCAAUCGAAGAGCCACCACGACCCAAUCGAGUACUUCUAAUAGGAUCACAAACCCAGCAAAGCAUCCGACCAGUGCCUACAGGCUGCAGUCUCAUUGUAAUCAAUCAUUAUCAAAAUGUUCUGCUUCUUUUAUCCUGGCACAUUAUAUAAAAACUGUGUUAAAUGCAGUUCCCAUUACUAACAUGAAGCUGUAACACAAUGGAAAGAUUUUCCUUUAUAUUAAAUGUCCUGUUCCCUAAUUUUGUACUUGUGUUAAGAAAACCACGUGUGUUUUUAUGUUGCAGCUGGUCCAUAUGGUACUAGGUCAACUUCAUUUAUGAGUUUGGGUAUUUUAUAGCUUAUAUCAUGAUCUCAUCUCGUAUGUUUUAUCACUAAAUGUUUGUCAGAGUAACUAUAGCUAUCUGAUACAUGAAGUGGGGUGAAAGUACAUCUCACAAAUUUGAAAUCCUUAAAGAUCCCCUCCAGACAAUGUUUUAAGACAAAUAAAAAUACUCUGCUUGUAACAAUAA